AUGUUGGCCGCCACAACCUUAAGCCUCUCUAAUACGCCAGCCACGCCGGCGCCGGAGAUCCUGGAGCCCAAGCCCGACCCCACGCAACCCUCCUCUCUUCCUACCAAUCAAACCAACCGAGCCAUCCCCGAACCUGAAACCGAACCUCAGCUUCGGAAGCCUAAGGGCAGUGCACAGCUGAACCGCUGGUCCAGAGCCCGCGCCGUACGGUCUGGGCGAAAGCUGAAUCGCGUUGAUACGGCGGUGGAUGUGAAACCUGCCUCUCGGGCGGCGGAGACCUCGCCAGCUGCUUCGUCGCCGUCCUCAUCUGGCGAUGGCGAGGAAGAGGCUGAGUAUCCGGCGGCGGCGGUGAGGGCGAAGUCGAUAUACAUGGUAUCGGACGGAACCGGUUGGACGGCCGAGCACUCGGUGAACGCGGCGUUGGGGCAGUUCGACCACUGCUUGGUCGAUCGCGGGUGUCCUGUGAAUACCCACUUGUUCUCGGGGAUUGAUGAUUUGGAAAGGCUAAUGGAGAUCAUAAAGCAAGCAGCCAAAGAAGGUGCCAUGCUGGUAUACACUCUAGCUGACCCUUCCAUGGCUCAAUCUGCUAAACAAGCCUGUGAGAUAUGGGAUAUACCAUCCACGGAUAUAUUAGGCCCAAUUACAGAGGCAAUUGCUUCUCAUCUUGGCGUCUCACCUUCUGGUUUGCCCCGAGGAGCUCCAGGAAGGACAUCCCAUCUUACUGAAGAUUACUUCCGAAGGAUUGAAGCUAUUGAAUUCACUAUAAAGCAAGAUGAUGGUGCCUUGCCUCAGAACCUACACAAGGCUGACAUUAUUCUAGCAGGUGUCUCUCGUACUGGGAAAACACCGCUUUCUACUUAUUUGGCGCAUAAAGGUUACAAGGUAGCGAAUAUCCCAAUUGUAAUGGGGGUGGAAUUGCCGAAGACCCUUUUUGAAGUAGAUCCUCAGAAGGUUUUUGGAUUGACUAUAAAUUCUGUUGUCCUGCAAACAAUUAGGAGAGCUAGGGCCAAGAGCUUGGGAUUCAGUGAAGAAAUAAGGAGUAACUAUUCGGAGAUGGACUAUGUAAGGAUGGAAUUGGAAUAUGCUGGCAGGAUUUUUGCUCAAAAUCCCAUGUGGCCAGUGAUUGAGAUCACAGGAAAGGCAAUUGAAGAAACUGCGGCAGUAAUACUGAGGCUCUACCAUGAUAGGCAAAAGAAGUGCUCGAUGCCAAGAAUCUCAAAGCGCUACUAG